AUGGGAGAUAGCAGCAACAGUAACGGCACUGGUGCCGUUGGGCACGAGAACAUCAACACCGACAUCAUCACCCUCACCCGGUUCCUGACCGAGGAGCAGAGCAAACACCCAGAAGCUACUGGUGACUUCACGUACGAGCUCCCCUCCAACUCAAUUGCAUCCAUCGCCUACUACAUCCGUCGUGCCACCCUGAUCAACCUCACCGGUCUGGCUGGCUCCUCCAACACCACUGGUGACGAUCAAAAGAAGCUCGACGUGAUUGGCAAUGAUGUCUUCGUCGCUGCCAUGCGAGGAUCGGGAAAGUGCCGUCUCCUUGUCUCUGAAGAAGAAGAGCAGGCCAUCAUCUUCGAUGAGAGCCCUAAUGCUCGCUAUGCCGUCGUCUGUGACCCCAUUGACGGAUCUUCCAACCUCGACGCUGGUGUCUCUGUCGGCACCAUCUUCGGUAUCUUCCAGCUCCCUGAAGAGAUCCUCGGAACCGGCAAGACGGUCACAGCCAAGGAUAUCCUCCUCCCAGGAACUCAGCAGGUCGCCUCUGGUUUCACCAUGUACGGUGCCUCGGCACAGCUUGUCAUGACCGUGAAAACAGGAACGGUCAACGGCUUCACCCUCGACAACGCCCUGGGUGAAUUUAUCCUCACUCACCCUAACAUGCGUAUCCCCCCUAGUCGCUCCAUCUACUCUGUCAACGAGGGAAACUCGAUGUACUGGCCCGAGUGGGUCAAGAAGUACUUUGAGGAGCUCAAGUACCCAGAGCCUGGCAAGAAGCCAUACAGCUCGCGAUACAUCGGUAGCAUGGUUGCCGACGCCUACCGAACACUGCUGUACGGAGGUAUCUUUGCAUACCCUGCCGACUCGAAGAGCCCCAAGGGCAAGCUUCGUAUCCUGUACGAGUGUGCGCCCAUGGGUCUCAUCUUUGAGAACGCGGGUGGUCUCGCCAUCAACUCGAAGAUGGAGAGAUUGUUGGACGUGGUGCCAGAACAUAUUCAUGAUAGGAGUGGAAUCUUCAUGGGCAGCAAGAACGAGGUCCAGAAGGUUAUUGAUGUUCAGAAACGAUUUGAAGCUGCUGGUUCUAACUAA